AACAAAAAAAGUUCCAGAAUUCAUAAUCUUUGGUGCAGCAGCAAGGUGAAAACGCAAGGACGAACCCAAGCCGAUCUAGUUGGCGCCUGCUUGGAUCAAUACCGAUAAAAAAAAACCUAGUUGACUGUCUAGCUGACCUGGACUUUGGAUUGGAUUAGCGUCAAACAGUGUCGUGUGGUGGUGAACGCAGCAGCAGGUACGUGCCUACUACGAUGCAACAGCGCGUGUAGAAAACUCCCUCCCACGCAAGCGCAUUCGAUGACCUUAAUCGUACGUCGUCGAGUGUGUAAAUAGAGCACGAAUUCGACAUUAUUCAAUCCACCUAAAAAUAGCGUCACGCUUCCGGCACCCUUCCCGUCUACAAAUCGUUCAGAAACAUCCGUAAAAAAUGGCAUCGACGGAAAUCCAACAACAGCAGCCCCUCCCGGAACCAGCAACCGAAACGUCGUCGUCCAACGGCAAUGGCGUCAAGAGUCCGGAACCACCGCAGCGGCCCCGCAAGCUGUCCUUCGACGAGACCGACAUGGAACUGACCCGGCUGAAGCUGGGAGCGGCCGUGCGGAGAUUCCCGCUGUCCUGGGUGGUCGUCGCGUCCACGCUGUGUGUCACCGCCGGCCUACUUGUGCGCUACCUGCUGCCCUUCAAUUCCGAAUCGUACAAAACGGCCCUGUCCACCCUGGGCCAGUGGCGCCAGCUGGUCGCGGAACGUGCCACCGUAACGCUGGCCGCCAGCCACGAACAGCUCGAUUCGCUGCGGACGACGGUGGCCGGAAGCAGCCUGGUGGACCAGUUGCGGAACCCCUCGCAGGUGGUGUUCGCUUCCCUGUUGGGGCUCGGAGUGACCUGGUUCACGUACUUUGUGGUCUACCUGGACAGCAGCAUUCCGGGCGUUAAUCCGCCGACGCCGUUUUCCGCCAGCAAGAAGAAUCGGUUCUCGGAUAAGGAGCGCCGGUUCCAUUUGGGGUACAUUACGGCGCUGCUCAGCGGGCUGACGGUGUUUUUGAUUGUGCUGUUUGUGGAGUGAGAUUGCCAUUUUUCGCUAGUCGUUGGAAGGGAGGGGCUCGAAGAAACAUCCCAAACAAAAACUUAAGAACAUUCUCUAACUCCGGUUUUGUAAGUAGAAUCAAAAUCGCACAUCGGUUAUUUAUAUGCAAGCUCGAAUGUUUGGCUUAACAGCAGCAUCAGCAGAAUUUAAGAGUUUUAGUUUUAUUUUUAAGUUGAGUUUAUUGUAAAUAACCAGCGCAGCCAGAGAUGGAAGGAAAAGACUAACAUUUUGUUUUAUCUAUUGUAAAUCGUAGCGAGAAAGGUCGGCUUAUCCUUUCAAAAGGAUCUUUUAAGAAUGUAAUUUAUGUAAUUCUAAUUUUGGUACAAAUAUACGAUUGUUCCUGCAGUAAA